GAGGAGGGGGGGGCAGGCGGGCCCUAUCAGGAGCCCCUAGUGGCGCUGGCCCAGAACUGCGCCCUCAUGCACAACGUGCUGGGGCCCGCCUGCAUCUUCCUGCGCAAGGGAUUCGCAGAGAACCGGCAGGCUGACAGAGAGCUGAGACCAGAGGAGAUGGAUGAACUGCGGGAGGCCUUUAAAGAGUUUGAUAAGGAUAAGGACGGUUUCAUUGGCUGUAAGGACCUGGGGAACUGCAUGAGGACCAUGGGUUACAUGCCCACAGAGAUGGAGCUGAUCGAGCUGAGUCAGCAGAUCAACAUGAACUUGGGGGGUCAUGUGGACUUCGAGGAUUUUGUGGAGCUGAUGGGACCAAAACUGCUGGCUGAGACUGCAGACAUGAUCGGAGUGAAGGAACUGAGGGACGCCUUUAAGGAGUUUGACACAAACGGAGAUGGAGAGAUCAGCACCGCCGAACUCAGAGAAGCCAUGAAGAAGUUAUUAGGCCAGCAGGUGGGUCACAGAGAUCUUGAGGACAUUCUGAGGGACAUUGACCUGAACGGAGAUGGACACGUAGACUUUGAAGAGUUUGUGCGAAUGAUGUCACGCUGACAGAGAAGAAAAACGAAACGCCCCGCGUGCAUCAGGAUUUUCACUGACUAGAGCUUCGGGCCCCUCCCCUUUCAUGGCAACAGGGGGACACUGUCUGUCCCCAGAAACUGAGAGAGAGAGAAAGAGAGGGUGCCGUGCACUGAGCCUGCUUUCUUGAACUUUGCUAGAAAUUAACCUCUGACCUCUAACCUCCGAACCGCGGAGAAACCCGACACCACAGCCACCAUCUCUUCCGUCCCCUGACAGGGAGGGGUGUAGGGUAGAAUACAAAUGCUGCCCAGCGCAAGACUCAAACCCCGUAACCCCUCUGACCUGGACUCCAGCUCCCACUGGAACUCAUAGGCUGCUCACUUUGCCCCCCCCCCCCUUUGCUGUGCAUGUCUUUCCAGGGGGGCCGCAGGGUCCCUCCUUUCAUUGAAUGGCAAUAUAAUGUCCCAGAGUCGUGUGUUUCUGUAUGUUCUGUGUGUGUAUUCAUUCCGUGUGUGUGUGUGUAUUCAUUCCGUGUGUGUGUAUUCAUUCCGUGUGUGUGUGUGUGUGUGUGUGUGUGUUUACCGAGCGGAGAGAAGGCGUACGGUGCUCCUGCUCGCACUCGGUAAAACUGAAAUGGCUCCGUCUCAGAGAAAGGUCACCAUCUCGCUCAUCACACACGACGCGACACUGUUACUCAGUCAGACUUUUAGAUGUGGUUUACAUUUUUUCCUUCCUGUAGCAUCUAAAAUUCACAGUAUCUUGUACGAACGUACAAUGCACUAUGUUAUAAUUAUAUUCUUAUCGUGUUAUAAUUACGGUGUUGAUAUGUUGUUGUUAUCAUGUUAUUUAUUUAUUUAUUUCCGUGGAUGUCUCAAUCCAUAUUAUGUGUAUUUAAUAUAUAACCAUGUCUAUGGUUUCAUUCCAGCUGAAGUUAUAUUU